AUGACAAUGGAAAAUGGCAAUAUGGCAACCUGGCAACCUGGCAACCUGGCGAGUCGAGCCGAGCCGAGCCAGUCGGAGCGCAGAGCGAGAGCAAAGCCUUGGGCGAGUCGUGGUGAGUCGUGUCUCGCCAACGCGGCCGUCGCGCGCGCGCGCGCGCUCGUUCCUCCUCGUGGUCGCAGCCGGACACUUAUGGCCGCGACGCGGACGCGGAUCCGCGCCGAGCGCAGGCCUGGCAGGAGCAUCCGACGCGCCAGGCUGUCGCGUUCCGGGGCGCGUGGCGCGCGUCGCGGGAUCGUGGCUCGCGUGACGUUCGAGCCGGCAUCGGCGGGAGCGUGCGCUGGCGUGGGCGUGGGCGUGGGCGUGGGCGUGGGCGUGGGCGUGGGCGUGGGCGUGGGCGUGGGCGUGGGCGUGGGCGUGGGCGUGGGCGUGGGCGUGGGCGUGGGCGUGGGCGUGGGCGUGGGCGUGGGCGUGGGCGUGGGCGUGGGCGUGGGCGUGGGCGUGGGCGUGGGCGUGGGCGUGGGCGUGGGCGUGGGCGUGGGCGUGGGCGCGGAAAUGUCGGGAACAUGGUUCAUACGCGUGCCUCGCCGAGACGCCGCGAGCAGCACCCGCCCGAGCGGCCCCGGCGACACUGCGCCGAAUGCGCCUGUGGCGAAAUCCCACCCGCACCGACGUGCUGUCGCGCGCGCACGCACGUACGUGCCCGCUGCCUUCCGUUCGCACCCGCCAGCGGCAAUCCAGCGUCCUGUUGGAAUUUUGUCUCGGGAGCAGGUCCACGCACCAGCAAUCGCCGCCCGCCGAACGGAUCUUCCCCUGCGCACCACCUCGAGCCCACAGACGCCCGCCGCGCUGCACCGCCCGCGCACACAAUCAUUCCACGCCUAA